AUGAAUGGAGAAAACUCAGAGGACGAAUGUUGUCUAUGUGGCCGCCUAUGGGAUGCUUCUUGUACAGGAUGGCCGCUCUGCGAUACUGCCAAUUGUCCCAAUGUCUGCUGCUCCACCUGCAGCCAAGCAUUGAUUGUGUCGGACAUGUUUUAUUGUCCUAUUUGUUCCGGAUCUGGAGAAUCCGCAGCAGCAACGGUCGGUGGCGCCAUUGCGACCGCCGUCUCAGUCUGCUCGGAAUUGGAGUCCUUGCCUCUGUCUCGCAACAGCAUACAGGGACUCUUGAAGAAUCUGCUGAAACAACCGGACAAUCCAAAGUAUCGAAAGCUAAGGCUCAACAAUAAAAAGGUCAAGGAGCUGCUGGAUCUAGAUCCUUGUCGCCGACUCUUGACAAUGGUUGGAUUUACUGAACAAGAAUUGGAUAGGGAACCAGUUUUGAUGUUGGAGGGGUCUGUGAAUGUGUGCGAAGUGAGGCAGUUACUCGACAUACUGGAGGGAUUAUCCGAUGAGAGUGAAACAGCAGCAACAGAGCCACCGAUAAAAACGACAUUGGGCAUUGAUAGCGAUCAAUCUAAGCGUCCGGUUGAUAGUAUUGAGGGUGAUACUGAUGGCACCAAACCGCUGGCAAACAAGGAAGCAGGACCACACGCAUCCAAAAAGCCAAAGACUGGUGAUAAAUGA